CUCAAUAACAAAUGCACACACAAUGGUGUUAAUCCAGUAGCCCAUAAUCUUCAUCCUGCCUCUAUAGCAGCCCAAUAAAUCUCUCCUCUAAAAGUAAAAGUGAAUGGGAGAAGGGCAUUUCCACACACACACAUGCUAUUCCUUCAGCGCGUCUUCUCUUCAGUCCUUUGCUCCUUUGUUAAUCCUGUAUGUAAAUUACAGCCAAUAGAUGUUGUUGUUGAGCAGGGCUGGGAUUAGAGACGGGGCGAAUGGCUUUCAAUCUUACUGGGAUUACAGAACAAAGGGACUCCUGCUUUUCACACACACAAAACGAGAUUUUAUUUUGGGAGGGGGCUGGGAUUCUAUCGUCCCCCUCUGUUUCCACAAACCUCUCGGCAGACAGGAGCCAAGGGGGGUUGAUAGAAGACAGAUACAUAUCUAUUUCCCCUGCUGCAUCUCGGGGCUGAUUGUGGGAAGAAAUUAUAAAUCCCGGGAAGCAGCAGCAGCACCCCCUCCGCUCCUUCUCUAUUCCUCCUGUGUUCCACAAUAAUUACACGAAGAAACCUCAGUCCGGGAUCUUCUCACACAGGAGCGCUGGGACCUCUUUUGACUCAAGGUAUGAACAUCCAAAUUAUAGAAAGACCCCUUACCUGGAAAACCUCACGUCCCAAGCAUUCUGGAUAACAGAAGAAUAUGGCUCUGGCAGGAAAGCAGUAUGAAGGAUCCUUGAAUAACUCGAGACCGAAUCUAUGGCCUUCUUCAAUCCCCGGUGGGAAGAAUGAGAUUAUUACAAGCCUUGUAACUGCUUUAGAUUCCAUGUGCACUGCACUGUCUAAACUUAAUACCGAAGUGGCCUGUAUCGCUCUUCAUGAAGAAAGUGCAUUUGUAGUUGGAACAGAAAAAGGAAGAUGUUUUUUAAACUCUAGAAAAGAACUUCAAGCAGAUUUUCAGCGCUUUUGUAUAGGUGCCCAUAAAAAGGAUCAAGAAAAUGAGGUCAAAAGGCGGAAUAGGGACGGCAUUCAAAAUAUUCAGCAUGUCCCUCUUGGCCCAACAUCAGAUAUUUACCUUCUGAGAAAGAUGGUUGAAGAGAUCUUUGAAGUACUCUAUAGUGAGGCCCUGGGUAAGUCUAAUAUAGUUCCUGUGCCAUAUGAGAAAGUGAUGAAGGAGCCUGGAUCAGUUGUUGUCUUGGGCUUGCCUGAUGGGAUCAGCUUUAGAAAGCCUGCAGAAUAUGAUUUGAAAAGCUUGAUGCUCAUUUUAAAACACAGCCACAACAUCAGAUUCAAGCUAAGAAUACCUACAGAAGAAUCCAUCAGAGAGCCAAAAUCUUGUUCAGAAUUGAAUAGCCCACCUACAUCAGCAACUAAGGUUAUUCCAGAAACCAGCCAAUGCCACAGGCUGCCUAUUCAAGAGCAUCCUUCCAGUGCUUCAAAUUUUCCCUACAGUGUUUCCCAGCCUAACCAGAUUUCAUUGGAGCCAAAGCAAGAGGUUCAUUCAAACAUGCUUGGAACAAAUGCAGUCAAUCAAAUGCUGGUUCAAAGGCCAUCAGCUGAAAAUAAUCAUGACUUCUCAGACUGCUGUGGACAGCAAUCACCUGUAGCAGGUAGCAGCCUUAGACAAAAUGUCCUUGCAUCAAAGCAUCUCUUGUUUUCCAUAGUCCAUGACAAAACAGAUAAAUGGGACAGUUUCUUAAGGGAGACUGAGGAUAUUAAUAUACUCAGAGAGUGUGUGCAGAUCUUAUUUAACAGCAGAUAUGCUGGAGCUCUAGGACUUGACCACAUGGUCCCUGUGCCAUACCGUAAGAUUGCCUGUCAUCCAGAAGCUGUGGAAAUAAACGGAUUCCCGGAUAAAAUCCCCUUUAAAAGGCCAUGUACCUAUGGCGUACCCAAAUUAAAAAGAAUUUUGGAGGAAAGGCAUAAUAUUCAUUUUACUAUUAAAAGCAUGUUUGAUCAACGAAUAUUUGAUGGUACUACAUUUACCAAAGAAACCACAAAGUCUGACUCUUCUAGCCUGGGAGAAGAGGCUUGUAGCGAAAACCAGAAGGCAGCUGCUCUGGACAUGCUGGGGUUCCCCACUGGAAGCAGAUCGGAAAAAAGCAGCAUAUCUGAUGAAUGUGAACCAGGAACAUCAAGUGAAACAACUGGAGUUAAACUUAUUAAGUUGGAAGCUGAAGACCCUGAUAUAAUGCAAAUCGCAGUUCCAGGAACAUCAAGUGAAACAAGUGGAGUUAAACUUAUUAAGUUGGAAUCUGAAGACCCUGAUCUAAUACAAAUUACAGUUCCAGGAACAUCAAAUGAAACAAGUGGAGUUAAACCUAAGUUGGAAUCUGAAGACCCUGAUCUAAUACAAAUCGCAGUUCCAGAUAGACUAGCCGAGUGUGUGAAAAAUCAUUUGGCUCCAGAGGACCCAAGCUAUGUGCUGGACACUGGAAAAGUUUGCGAUGAUAGACCCUGUGGUGGACUCAGGAAUGAAAACAAACACCUGGAUGGAAUAGGAGAUAUAAUAAGGCAGCUACGGAAACAUGUAGAAAAUCUCUUUAACAGAAAAUAUGCUAAGGCCAUUGGAGCCUCCGGACCUGUCAAAGUGCCAUAUGCCAAGUUCUUGAUGUACCCAGAAGAUCUCUUUGUUCUAGGAUUGCCAGAAGGUGUCGCAUUCCGGCGGCCGAACUGUUUUGGAAUCACAAAACUUAGAAGGAUACUGGAAUACAGUGAUGGCAUUCAGUUUGUUGUAAAAAGGCCUGAGUUGAUUUCUGAAGGACUGGAAGACUGUGUUGUAGGCAGCCCUGGAACUCUAGGCUUUAAUGAUAAAAGUAAUGAAGUUAUAUUAGAUGAAACCAACACAAGGCCUAGCUUUCAAGAGAGUUUUGAUGCCAGACUUUCCCGCAUCGAUAUUGCCAACACAUUGAGAGAACAAGUGCAAGUCCUGUUUAAUAAAAAAUAUGGGGAAGCCCUAGGGAUAAAAUAUCCAGUCCAAGUUCCUUACAAACGCAUCAAGAACAACCCAGGGUCUGUCAUUAUAGAGGGCCUUCCUCCUGGGAUACCCUUCCGGAAGCCUUGCACCUUUGGGUCACAAAAUCUAGAAAGGAUAUUAGCGGUGGCUGAUAAAAUCAGAUUCACAGUUACAAGGCCGUUUCAAGGACUCAUCCCAAGACCUGAUGAUGAGGAUGCCAACAGAUUGGGAGAAAAAGUUAUUCUCAGAGAACAAGUAAAGGAACUCUUUAACGAAAAAUAUGGUAAAGCGCUAGGUCUGGAUCAACCAGCGCUGAUACCUUACAAACUUAUUAGGGAUAAUCCUGAUGCAGUUGAAGUCCGAGGUAUGCCAAAUGACAUCCCUUUCAGAAACCCUAAUUCCUAUGACCUCCAUCGGCUGGAAAACAUUCUCAAAGCACAAGACCAAAUCCAGAUGGUGGUAAUAAAACAGUUAGAGCCAUUUCCUGAAAUCUGCAGUGAGCCCCCCAAAAUAAAAAAUGGUAACACUGGUCCCAAGCGGAAACGGAAAAGAGUGUCAGAAGGGAACUCCAUAUCUUCAGCUUCUUCAAACUGUUCAUCUUCGUCAUCCUCCUCUUCCAACAUGGAUCCCAUCUCCUCAGCACAUCACGUAUCACUUGUGCAAUGGCCUAUGUACAUGUUGGAUUAUGGAGGGUUAAACAUGCAGUUACCUGGCCCUAUAAACUACUAGAUCAUGGCUCUCAGUUGGAUGAUCCAAAAUAUGUAAAUGAUGUACAAAGAAAUGUAUAUGACAUUAUGCAUUGAUGCAAUUUUUGUUUUAUUAUUUUUACAGAAUGUCUCUGCAAUCCAGGAAGGCAUUUUUUUGAAUAAAAGGUGUUGACUAGG